AUGUCUAGCAAUUGUUGCGUCUUCAAAACCCCAAUCAUACUUAACGGGCACAAUCGACAGGCUUAUGUUCCUGAUGCCUUUUCCAUCGGGCCCAGACACUAUGGCCAAAUACAUUCAAAAGGGACACAAAAACUCAAACUGAAGUAUCUUGAAGGCCUCAUUCAUCAUUCCCCUAAUCCGGUGACUCGACUGGUAGAGCUGGAAGAAGCUAUGACAGAGAUCAAGUUGGAGACUCAUGAAUGUUAUGGGGGUCCGGUUAUAUUCAGCGGUGAAGAAUUUGUAAAGAUUCUGGUGCUUGAUGGUUGCUUGAUUAUUGAACUGUUCUGGAAAGAUGUUGAUGAAGUCGAAAGAGACGAAGAUGAUCCCAUUUUCAUCAUGUCUUGUAUGCUUCACCUUCUAUAUCUUGCUUUGAUUUUGCAAGAAAAUCAAGUGCCAUGGUUGGUUCUUGAUAGCUUCUUUAAUCUAACAAGGGCCGCUAAUGAAACCAAGUCCUUGUCUCGACUUGCCAUCGAAUUCUUCGGAAACAUGUUUUCAUCUGAUGCACCUUCCAUGGACCGAAAUCUUUUCUUCGGGAAAGAUUUAUCCGAAUAA